ACAAUAAAGCCAUAUCAUAAUUCAUAUCCAACAAAUUAAAGAGUUAAAAUAGCAAAUAAGAAGAGAAAAAUGAUAGAGAAAAGAGAUGAAAAUAAUGUUGCAAAAGCACAUGGUGAUGGUGAUGGUGAUGGUGAUGGUGAUGGUGAUGGUCAUGUUGUGGUGGUACCAUACCCAAGUCAAGGCCACAUCAACCCAUUACUACAAUUUGCAAAACGUUUAGCUUCAAAAGGGAUGAAAGCCACUUUAGCUACUACCAAAAACACUAUUUCCUCUAUCUCUUAUCUCCAAAAUGUAGCCGUCGAGCCAAUCUCAGACGGCUACGAUGAUGGUGUCUACCCUCAAGCGGGUUCCGAGGAUGUUUUUCUCAACUCUUUUAAGUCAAAUGGCUCCAAAACUCUUGCUCGUCUUAUCGACUCCUAUAAAAACUCAUCAUCUCCUGUGACUUGUGUCGUGUAUGAUGCAUUUUUGCCAUGGGCUUUGGAUGUUGCUAAAGAAUAUGGCUUACUUGGUGCUGCCUUUUUUACUAACUCCGCUUCAGUUUGCGCCAUUUUUGCUUGUGUAAGCCGUGGUUUAAUUAAUUUACCCCUUGAGCCGGACCAGGUGAAGUGUGCUUUGCCUAAAAUGCCUUUGUUUAAGGGUAAUGAUUUGCCUACCUUUCUCAGAAAACCUGAAAGUUACCCUGCUUAUUUGGCUAUGAAGUUGAGUCAAUUCACUAAUCUUCACUUGGCUGAUUACGUCUUUUGCAAUUCUUUUCAAGAUUUGGAGUCAGAGGUUAUAGAAGGCGUAACAGAUAAAUGGCCGGCAAAACUAAUUGGACCAAUGGUUCCAUCAGCCUACUUAGAUGGAAGAAUAGAAGGAGAUAUAGGUUACGGAUCAAGUCUAUGGAAACCCUUAAGCGAGAAGUGCAAAGAGUGGCUACAAAGUAAGCCAACAAAAUCAGUCAUUUACAUCUCAUUUGGUAGCAUGGUUUCACUAACACAAGAACAAAUGGAGGAAAUUGCAUUGGCAUUAAAAGAAAGUAACUAUUACUUUCUUUGGGUGGUUAGGGAGUCCCAGAUUAGCAAACUCCCUAAGGAGUUCCAAGCGGAGAUUUCCAUAACUAAUAAAGGGAUGAUUGUUACAUGGUGCAAUCAACUCGAGAUAUUGGCCCAUGAAGCAACUGCAUGCUUCGUGACUCAUUGUGGUUGGAACUCGACACUAGAAGGGCUUAGCCUCGGGAUCCCAAUGAUAGGGAUCCCACAAUGGAGUGACCAAUUACCGGAUGCCAAGUUCAUUGAGGAGGUAUGGGGGGUGGGAAUUUGGCCAAAGGAAGAUGAGAAAGGAAUGAUAAGGAAGGAAAAUCUUAGAGAUUGCUUCAAGGAAAUAAUGGAAGGCAAAAGGAGUAGAGAGAUAAGAGAAAAUGCUUUGAAAUGGAGGGAAUUGUCAAAGAAAGCAGUUAACUAUGGUGGGAGCUCAGACAAUCAUGUCGAAGACUUCGUUCAACAUUUGAGAUGUACUAGUUGUGCUAGCAAAAAUAAAUUUUAGCUUUAGGUUAAGUUAAGAAUAUUUUGGAAUAAGUGAUGGAUCUGCAUUUAGUAAAGGAGUGUCUAUUCAUCUAUUGGCACCUAAAAUAAGCAAAAUGAAUUGUUGGUCCUCGGAUGAUGCAUCAUGCAUAACCUGACUGAGUUAGUGCAUGUAAUUUGAUAUUACAAGGAUGCUUGCAGUUUGAAAUUA